AUGUUUUAUGAGAGUACUAAAUACACUGAAAUUAAUUGUCAUUUUUUUCAGGUAGGAUCCCUUACAUUGUCAAUUGUUCAGUCCUUACAAAGAUACAUACUAUUCUGUUUUUUACUUCUCUUGAAAUCCUCUCGAAUAGGAACCUAUCACCUAUCUUCGAACUUGCAUCUCUAGACUAUAACAUGGUUCAGUUAAACCACCAAGAGUACCUAGAGAAGUUUAUAAUGUGGUGGAGGGAGCUUCGUGAGAGAUCAUCCUUAGGAAUUUCUAUUGACUGUGGGGAUAUUUUCCCACCCAUCCAUCUCCAAGUGCAAGAUAGAGCUCGCUAAAACUGUAAUUGUCAUUUUUUCUUAAUGACUUGUAUGGUGGCGAUCAAUCUGUGGAAAAACAUACCCUCUACACUGACGCCAUUGAAAGGUUUCUUGGCCCGAGUAAAGCGGGUUGCCUUCUUCUCCAUGUUGGGGAGAUCAGAGUUUGGUUAAUUUAAAGACUCUUUUAAAAGGCUUUAGGUUUGGGCUUCAAGUGAUGGAGGAGUUGCCGGAGCUCAUGAAGAUAUGCUACCUAGCAUUGUAUAAACCAACUAAUGAGAUUGGCUACAAGCUCCUCAUGAACCACAUGAACUAUGCCACUUCCUAUUGGAGAAAGACUAUACUCUCUCUCUCUCUCUCUCUCUCUCUCUCUCUCUCUCUCUCUCCCUCUCUCUCUCUAUCUAUCUAUCUAUCUAUCUAUCUAUCUAUCUAUCUAUCUAUAUCUCUCUCUCUCACACACACACACAAUCCCUCUCUCUCUCUCUCUCUCUCUCUCUCUCUCUCUCUCUCACACACACACACACAAUCUCUUUCUCUCCUCUCUAUCUUCUCUCUCUCUCUCACUCACACACACAUAUACAAUCUCUCUCUCUCCUCUCUCUCUCUCACACACAUACAUAAUCUCUCUCUCACACACACACAUGCACAAACACAAUCUCUCUCUCUCUCUCACACACACACACACACAUAAACACAAUCUCUCUCUUUUCUCUCUCUCUCUCUCACACACAUACGCACACAAUCUCUCUCUCCUCUCUCUCUCUCUUUCACACACACACACAAUCUCUAUCUAUCUCCUCUCUCUCUCACACACACACACAUACACAAUCUCUCUCUCUCCUCUCUCUCUCUCUCUCUCUCUCUCUCUCUCUCUCUCUCUCAAUGCUCGGAUUGCACAAUCUUAUUACAGCUUGUCAAUUUGAGAGGCAAAGUGAUUUAAUAGAGGGAUCAUCUCAAGUGUAGAGGGGCAUAUGAGAAAUGGUAUCACCUCAGCCAGAACGUACAUGGUCUCCUUGUGGGCCUUCCUCCUCCUAUGGAUCCCCCUUGGAGGAGAUCAUCUGGCUAGUCUGCAGUCAUGACAACCAGUUCUCUCAUAGCAGAAGCAUCCUCUAGUGUAAUGAUAAGUUUUCAUUAUCAUGAGUUAAUAAUUAGUAAAUAAUAUAGUUUUAGCCUUAACUCAUGAUAAAUAGACUUAUAUUUGUGUUAAAGUGUGAAAAGUGGUUUUCAAUUGAUUAAUGUGAAUUUUUGGGUAAUUAUGUGAUUUUACACAAAUUUAUAUGAUUUUUACAGUCUUGCUUUUAUGAUAAAUGAAGAAAAAGAAAUAAAAAAUAAAAAUAAGAUAAAAUGAGGGGGACCCGCUGGUCAGUCGGGCCCGCAAAUAGGUUGAAAGUGCAGUCGGGGAGUAGCCGCAAGCAGCUUGGACCGAUAGGGGCACGUGUGCACCACUCCCCUUCCACGUCACCGGUGGCCAACUAGUUGUGGGGUAAGGAGUGGUCGUACAUGCGAGAGAAGGGACUUGCUUAGAAAUGUAACAUUAGUAUAUAUUUGCCCGAAAAAUCGACGCACAACUGAUGUGGGACUAAACCCGCGUCACACCUUCCUCAGAAAGGGCGGGCAACUAGCACGGGUUCGAAUCCUCUCAAAGUCAAAAGUCAUAUAUUUUUAUCUGAUUAUCGUGACUUUCCUACAGAUCACUGGUGAAGGAUUAAGCAACAAGAAUCGCUGGAUCAUCAACGAAAAUCUCGUCAAUGCGAUUCGCGGAGCAUUGCUACUAAAAUUGUUGAAUGAGUCGCAAUAAAAGGAUCGCGAAUCUAUUGAGUAAAUCAUCUCCAAUUGAUCGAUGAACAAGCCAUCAUCGGGAAGAGGACAAUCCACCGGGAGACGAGUUGCCACCUCCUAAGAGCAUACCAAAUGCGAUAAAGAGCCUCCUCUUGCUGCGUGGACUUGAGGAUGAAGCUCCCUGACACGCACCCCACCUCCAUCCAACUCCUCUCCAUCAGGUGACAGCCGCCAGAGAGCCGCAAAGUCGCCGUUUUUCUGCUCUGCUGGGUGACAGCCGCCGGAGACGAUUUGACGACCUAUUUCAUUAAUCUCUAGACUUCGCAAGGAGAUCUAGAGAUUGCCCACAUCGUCUUUGUCCAAGGAGAGCCUUCGAGGCUGUGAACACUGCAUGACGAUCCUCCCGAACACUCAAGAUUCUAGUGCAUCGCCGACACAUCGCCGUCACGACGCCAAAACUCUAUUUUCUUACUUUCAACUUACUUUACGCUUCAUUUAGUGAUGAUUUUUGUGAUUUUAAUUUACUAAAAUAUACUUUGUUCUAUUACGAUUCUUCUCGCUUUUACAGAUCUUAAUUUGAUUAAUUAAAUCAUCUAUAAUCACUUACAUAAGAAUCGUCAGGCGGAACUUUGUUUCUGCUCAAUUCAUGUUUGUCGGGCGCUGAUGUCAUCCUGACGUCCGCACCCUUAUUUUCCUUUUUUGUAAAUUUUAAAUAUUUUUUUUUUAUUUCCUAAUAUAAAAUUCAUAGAAAAUCGUAUUCAUUGAGAAAAAUUUUGAAUAAUUACUAGAUAUUAUAUUACAUCCUUGUGAUCGAUUUGGAAAAUUACCGCUACUUUUGGAAGUUUUAUUGAAUUAUAAUUGAUAUAUAUUCAGAAAUACUUUUAAAUAUCUGAAAAAUCAUAUUUUCUAGUUUUAUAAAUUUUAGAUUUACGUGAUUUAAUAUACAACGACUAAGUCACAUCAUGCAGGAACAGCCAAGGUGUACUUCUAGUUAACUGUACCUCAAAAUAUAUGAAAAUCUCCCCCAUAAUAGAAAGAGACAUCCUUUGUGAGAUCAUUAUUAAAUGUUGGUACACUAUCUCAACAGGUUUAACCUUUGAUGAUUCAGCUAUCAGAACUUUGACUCUCCACAUUGACAUGCUACAGGCAGAACAACAAAGAGUGGAUGAGGCACUGACCAUACAAUGUUACAUGCAAGAAAGAAACCACACGAAUGACAAUGAUGCUUGUAGGCACAACAGAAUGCUGGUAAGUGUCAUAUCGAAGGCUCUCAGUGGAGAUGGGAUGGCUUUGUAGCUUGUGUCCUUAGUUGUCAACCCCUAUUUCAACUUGAGUGAUUGUUGUAGUGUUUUUAUAGAUAUGAUGACGACCCCAAGACUUGAUAAGUAAUAAUGAGUAAAUAAUAUAUUUGUAAUCUUAACUCAUGAUAAAUAAACUUAUAUUUGUGUUAAAAUGUGAAAAGUAGUUUUCAGUUGAUUAACGUAAAUUUUUGGCUAAUUAUGUGAUUUUCUAUAAAUUUAUAUGAUUUUUAUUGUCUUAUUUUUGAAAUAAAUGAAGAAAAAUUAAAUUAAAAUAAAAGUAGAACAAAAUGGGGGGGACCUGCUAGCGAGCCAGGCCCAUAAAUGAGUUAGAAGUGUAGUUGGGCUCAAGUGGCUAGGACUGAUGGGGGCACAUGUGUGCCACUCCCCUUCCACAUCACUGAUGGCUAGCCAACUGUGGGGCAAGAAGUGGUCCUACACAUGGGAGAAAGGGACUCAUUACUUGUAAAUGUGAUAUUACUAUAUAUUCACCCAAAACUUCGGCACACAAGCAAUGUGGGACUAAACUUAUAUCACACUUUCCCCUGAAAGGCUUUGAAGAUUUUAAUACCUAAACUACCCCUUUGAUAUAACAAAGAUAUAUCAUAAUGACGUCACUUGAUAAGGGCAUUAAAAUGCUUAUUUCAAUCUCUCAUAUAGGCGAGAUUAGAGUACACAAAAAAAUUAACUCUUGUUUUAUUUUCUUCUUGUUGACAAAUUUUUAAAAAAAAAGAAUGAAGAGAAGCAAGGUAAAGACUGGAGCAUACUAAAGGAGGGUAACAAUUAUUAAAAAAAUUCCUCGAAUUUAUUAAUUUUUAUGCAUUGUAGAAGAUCCUUGCAUCCAAAGCUAGAAAAUCCUUUCAUUAUUUCAUUCAAAACUAAAAAUCCAAAAGAAAAAUUAAUUUUGAUAGAUCUUAAAGGAAGUAUAGGUCAAAUUGUGAAGAAUCCUAUGGCUAUGAAAAAUCAUUAUAUCCCUAAUUCAUUUCAAAGAGCAUCUAAUAUUAGAGUCCCAUUAACACUCACGGUUCAAUUCAAAAUAAAUUCACGAAUUUUUCAAAUGCUCCCUAAUUUUCAUGAAUUGCUUUUAGAGGAAACUCAUUAGUAUUUAGAAAAAAUUUAUUUGGUCUGUGAUUUAGUUAAUCUCCCUCAAGUUACACCGAAAUUAUUAAGAUGAAAUUAUUUCCUCGUACACUUAGGGACAAAGUUAGUCAUUGGCUACCUAUAUUAGAUAGAGAAUUAACUAGUUGAAAAUACAUAAAAUAGGUUUUUCUUUGAAAAUUUUAUUCCUUAAGAAAAACUCAAAAUAUGAGAAAAUAUAUAUAGAGUUUUUCUCAAAGACCAGAAGAAACUUUGCAUGAGACAUAGGAAAAAUUUAAAGAUUUACUUAGAAAGUGUCCUCAUAAUGUUAUACCCAAGUGACAACUUAGUAGAAUUUUUUAUGAUGGAUUAUUAGAACAACAUAGAAAUAUGGUUGAUUCUAUAUGUGGAAAAGCUUUUAUACAGAAAAUCCUUGAUAAUAUUUAUAGUCUUUAUGAGAAUUUAAGUGAAAAUUUUAGAGAUCAAGCCUCUUUUGAAUUAUAUGACAAGGAUAAGAAGAGAAGAAUUUAUGAAUUAUAUCAUCAAAAUAAUUCUAAUUUACGAAAUGAGGUUAAUCAGAUUAAUCAAAGAUUAGAAAAACUUGAUUUACUUAAUGACAAUAUUAGAAAGCCUCUUAACCCUCAAUUUAAUUCAAAUAGUACAUGUCUUAUGUAUGGUGAAAAUGAUUGUUCUGAAUUUUAAUGCUAUAAUUUAGAUCAAUUAUUUCACCCUAUGCAAGAACAAGUGAACAUAGUUCACAGUUUUAAUAGAAAUAAGGAACUUUUUUCAAAUUCUUAUAAUCCUAAUUGGAGGAAUAACUUUUCAUAGAGAGACCCAAAUAAUAUUCAAAAUUCAGAAACACUUAGACCUAAUUCAAGCUCUAAAUUUCAUCCAAAAUAAGAAAAUAGAUUUCAAAAAAAUUAGUCCUCUCAAACCCAACUUGAUGUUAUGGAAAUGAUACAGCAAAUGAGCCAAAUGAUGCAACAAAUUCUGAAUCAAAUAAUGUUGUAAUAGAAACAAAUUAUAGAGGCUCUUGGGAAUAAGAAAGAAGAGGGACAACUACCUAAUCAGCACAUAGAAAAUUCAAGGAACCGCCCAACAAUAAGAUUUCAGCAAGAGGAGUCUAGUAGCAUGAGUCUAGAAAAAAACCCACAAAAUGAAAAUGUUAGGACAAUAAAUACAUUAAGGAGUGGGAACAUUUUACUUGAUCCUUAUCCCCAAACAUUAGAAGAAAAGAAAAACAUGGACAACCUAAAACAAAAUCAAAUAGGAGUAGAAGAGGAUUUUAUAGAUUCUACCAAAGAAAUUCCAAAAGAGAGGACAACCAUUCCAUUUCCUAAAGUUCUAGAUCCUAAACAAAGAAAGAAAAAAGAACACAAUGAAUAAAUAAAGAAAAUUUUACAUGAUGUGCAAAUUAGUCUUCCUUUACUCACUACUAUUGAAUAUAUUUUUAAAUAUGUUAGAGUUUUGAAAGAAAUGUGUACACCAAAAAGGAGACCUAGAGUAGAAAAAUUAUCUAUGCAUGUUAGUGCUUUAUUAUUAAAUCAAUUAUUAUAUAAAUUGAAAGAUACUGGUGCCCCUUUAAUUUUGUGUGAUAUUGAUAGAUCUAUUUUUUAGAAUACAUUACUUGACAUUGGAGCUAGUAUUAAUUUAUUACCUACAAGUAUUUGUAAGAUAUUUAAUAUUGCUGAUCUUAAACCUUCUAAUGUUACCUUAUAAUUUGCUGAUAGGUUCAUAAAACAUCCUAAAGGUAUUUUAGAAAAUGUGAUAAUGAUAGUUAAAGGGAGAAUUUCCAACUGACUUUGUAGUGUAGGAAAUAGAUUUUAAUGGACAGUUUUAUGAUACACUAAUCAUCCUAAGGAGACCAUUUUUGCAUACAGUAAAGAUGAAUAUUGAUUUUUCCACAAGUAUUGUGAAAAUUUCAUAUAGAGAUUAACUAGUAGAAAUUAAAAAAUUUGAGGUGUCAAAUGAUCUUAGGAAAUCUCAAAUAUAUGAUUGUCAUACCAUAGAUCUUCUAGAUGAUUUUGAUGAUCUAAAUGUUAUUGAUGACUUUGUGCUGAAAGAAUUAGAGGAAAUAGAGAAUAUAAAUUUGGGAGAAAAAAAAGAGGAAGAUCAUCUUAAUUUAGAGUUGAAACCUCUUCCUUCUAGUUUAAAAUAUAUGUUUUUAGAAGAAACUAAUUCAUUUCUUGUUAUUAUUGUAGCUGAUUUGAGUGAUAAAUAUGAAGAAGAAUUAUUAGAUGUACUUCGAAAAAAUAAGAAGUCUAUUGGCUGGAAAAUAGAUGAUCUUAAGGGCAUUGAUAUGAGUGUAUACAUGCAUAGUAUAUAUCUAUAGGAAAGGGCUAAAAAUAGUAGAGAACCGCAACAAAGAUCAAAUCCUAAUAUGAUGGAAAUUGUAAAAAAAUAAAUUUUAAAGUGACUGAUUACUGAUAUUAUUUAUCCUAUUUCAAAUAGCAAAUGGGUUAAUCCUACACAAGUGGUGCUAAAAAAAUCAGGGAUCAGGGUUAUAAAAAAGAAAAUAGGGUGAAAUACAAACAAGAUUAACUACCGGUUGGAGGGCUUGCAUUAAUUUCAGUUACUAGAAAAGAUCAUUUUUCCCUAUCAUUUACUAAUCAAAUUCUAGAAAUAUUAGCUAGAAAAAACUUUUUUUAUUUUCUAGAUGGAUACUCUAGUUAUAAUCAAAUUUAUAUAAACCCUUUAGAUCAAGAAAAAAUAACUUUUACUUGUCAAUUUGGUACUUUUGCUUUUAAAUGCAUGCCUUUUGAUCUGUGUAAUGUUCCAACCACAUUUCAAACAUGUAUAUUGUGUAUUUUUUCUGAUAUAACUAGAAAAUGCAUGGCAAUUUUUAUAGAUGAUUUUUCUAUUUUUGGUGAAUCAUUUGAUGAAUGCUUAAAUCAUUUACAACAUGUACUUAAGAAAUGUAUAGAGAACAAAUUAGUUUUGAGUUGAUAGAAAUCACAUUUUAUGAUUAGAGAGGGAGUUAUGUUGGGUCAUAUUGUGAGUGAAAGGGGUUUAGAGGUGGAUAAAGCAAAAAAUGAUAUUAUAUCUAAAAUGAAACCUCUGAAUUCAAUAAAGCAGAUUAGAUCUUUUUUGGGUCAUGCAGGUUAUUAUAGAAAAUUUAUUCAAGAUUUUUCAAAAAUUUCUAAGCCUCUCACCAUGUUAUUAUCUAAAGAUGUGCCUUUUAAUUUUGAUGAGAAAUGUUUUGAGUAUUUUUCUGAAAUAAAAAGAUUACUUACUGAGGCACCCAUUUUACAAGCUCCUAAUUAGUCCCUUCCUUUUGAAAUAAUGUGAUGCAUCGAAUUAUAUAGUGGGAGCCGUAUUAGGACAAUCAAAAGAGUCAAAAUCCAUAGUAAUUUUUAUUUAUACUGAAUUUCAUAUGCUAAUAAAACUAAAUCCGAUGCUCAAUUAAACUAUUUUUGUUAGAAAGGUUUAGAUCAUAUAUUUUGGGAGCUAAAAUUAUUAUUUAUACUGAUCAUGCAACAUUAAAAUAUUUUUAAAUAAGAGAGAUGCAAAGCCACGUUUAUUAAGAUGCUCAAUUAAACUAUAUCUGAUGCUCAAUUAAACUAUUUUUGUUAGAAAGGUUUAGAUCAUAUAUUUUGGGAGCUAAAAUUAUUAUUUAUACUGAUCAUGCAGUAUUAAAAUAUUUUUUAAAUAAGAAAGAUGCAAAGCCACGUUUAUUAAGAUGGAUUUUAUUGUUGCAAGAAUUUGACUUAGAAAUAAAAGAUAAAAAAAGUUUCGAGAAUGUUCUUGUUGACCAUCUUUCUAGAUUGAGUGAUACAGGAAUAAAUGCAGCACCUUUACAAGACACAUUUCUAGAUGAACAAUUGAUGGCAGCUCAACAUCAACCAUCACCAUGAUAUGCACAUAUUGUUAAUUUUCUGAUUUCUAAAAAAUUCAGAAUAGUGGGAUAAGAAAAAAAAACAUCAUUUCUUUUUUAGGAUUAGAAAUUAUUUUUGGCAUGAUCCUGAUAUAUAUUACUUAGGUAAUGAUCAAAUUUUAAGGAGAUGUGUUCUUGAAGAAGAAUAUCAUAGCAUUCUUAACAUAUGUCAUUCAUCUAAUUGUGGAGUACAUUUCUCUAGACAAAAAACAGCAGAAAAAAAAAAUUAGUGUGGUUUUUAUUGGCCUACAAUCAUUAGAGAUUCUAUAGAAUUUAGAAGAACAUGUAUUUCAUGCGAAUCUAUAAGUAACAUGAGUAAAAAAGAUGAAAUGCCCAUGAGUAAAUGUUAGUAGUUGAAAUUUUUAAUGUAUGGGAAAUAGAUUUCAUGGGUGCCUUCCCAUCAGCUGAAAAAUAUAAAUAUAUUUUGCUUGCUGUUGAUUAUGUGUCUAAGUGGGUGGAAGCGAUCACCUCAGUGGGGGACUUACGUGGUCUCCUUGCAGUCCUUCCUCCUCCUUGGGUGCCCCGUCUCAGAGGAGAGCUUACGUCUAGUCUGCAAUCACGAUAGGCUGUUCUCUCAUAGUGGUAGGAUCCUCCGGCUCUGAAAUGACCUAGGAACAGCCAAGGUAUAUUUAUUGCCAAUUCAGCCUCAAUAAAGAGAAGUCCUAUGUAAGAUUAUUAUGAAAUAUAUCUGAGCUGUCUCAACUGGUUCUAGGUUUGAUUAUUCAGCUAUCAGAACCUUGACUCUCCAUGUCGACGUGCUGCAAGCGGAACAAUAAAGAGGCAACGUGGCUUCAAGCAUAUAGUGCCUCAUGCAAGAAAGAGGCCUCACGGACGACGGGGAUGCCCACAGGCACAUCAGAGGGCUGAUAAGCAUGCUUGGAAGGAUCUCAAUGGGGAUGCGUUGGCUGCAUCGCCUUUGCCCUUCACCGUCAUUAACGGUUGUUUCAACCUCGCGCGAUUGUCUUAG